GAGAGAGAGAGGGAGGAUGGGUGCAGUGGUGCAGGGCAGCUGGAGAGGAGAGGGCAGGCCCUGCGGACCCGGGCCUGACGGGCUCUGGUCUGAUUGCAGCGUGUCCAUGUGACUCAGCUUCCGUUGGCUGCCUGCUUCCGUGAAUAGUAAAAAAGAAAAAAAAAAAAAGAGGCAUCGCCGCUUCAGUCAGUGCAGAGGGAAGCGGCUGAACUUGACACACACAUGAGAACGUGCUCUGAGGCGGCAGCUCGACCAGCGACAUGAUCAGGGGAUCAACCGUCAGUGGCUUGGGAAAUCCACACCUAACCACCACUUGAGGAUGAUAAAAUGCCAGUCCACGGACUCCUUCCCAUCCUGCUUUGCUUUCUACCAGUAUGGAGGAGCCUGACCCCGGCCUGGAGUCAUCCACACAGCAGCCAGUGCCAGCUGGUGUUAAGAAUGGCCAUCUGCAGCAAUGGCGAGCUCUCCUCGGUGCCUGCCAGACUGCCAGACAACAUCGAGGAGCUUCAGCUCAACUAUAAUGCCAUCCAAACACUAAAGGACGCUUCUCUCUCUCGCUACCCUUCACUAAACACCCUGGGCCUGGCUUGUAAUAAGUUAGAGAAAUUGGAAUCCAAGACUUUCGAAGGCUUGAAACUGUUAGAGAGCCUGAAUCUAGCAAGUAACAAUCUUUAUAUCGGCUACCAGGAAACUGGCCUUGCAUUAAAAAAGUUGUCCCGUCUGAGGGUUUUAGAUCUUUCUGAGAAUAAGCUUGAUGACGAGAUGGUCGUCGCUCUUCUUCAAAACCUGACAUCCAUAGAGUAUCUGAAUCUGUCCGGAAACCUCCUGCAGAGGCUGGACGAGGCCUCGUUCAGGGACCUCCACCAGCUCAGAGAGCUGGACCUGCAGAGGAACAUCAUGUUCGAGAUCGACGGAGCGUUUGACAGCACUCCCCGACUGCAGCGGCUCAACCUGGCCUUCAACUACCUGCCCUGCCUGACCAACUUCCACAUGAGCCAGCUGGUGGUGCUCAACGCCAGCCACAACAACCUCGAGUGGUUCAUCUCCAGGCAGGACCUCAACGACACCUUCCAGCUGGACACCCUCGACCUCUCCAACAACAACCUCCUCUUCUUCCCCUUCCUGCCCAGCCGCAGCCGUCUGCGCUACCUUUACCUCUCCCACAACGCCAUCAGAUUCUACGAACGCUUCGCCGACGACGCCACCCUGCAAAACUCCAGUGCGACCGUCGAGUUUUACAACCUGAAGACGCAGGCGGCCAACGUGACGGCUCGGCUGUGGGACGACGGCCUUCACGGCGACAUUUCCUCCCUGGAGAUGUUGGACCUGAGGGAAAAUCAAAUGGAUUACUUUCCCGACGGAUUCAUCCAGAAAAUGCCAAACCUGUCCAGACUCCGAAUGUGCACAAACUGCCUGGAUAGUUUAAAUCUAACCUCAGAACAGUUCUCAAGCAGUCUGUACGAGCUGGACGUGAGCAACAACAGACUGAGCCAGGUUUCAGCAGAUGAAGGGACACUUGCCAGUCUUGGCAAUCUGACAUACUUUAACUUGAGCCUGAACGAUCUGGAAAAGGUGCCGGUGAGAUUGUUUUCCUCGCUGCGGAGCAUCCGCUCAGUGGACGUCAGCUACAACAACAUAGAUCUUUGUUUUCCCGGGGAGGCGGAGAUCGACACACACAGCUCGACUUGUGUGGAGUGGAGCAACAUCGGCUCUCUGAGGCAGCUUUACCUCAAAGGGUCCAAUCUCAAGACAGUCCCCACAUCUGCAUUCACGGGGCUGUCGCUGACACAUCUGGAACUGUCCGACAACCCCGGACUCAUUUUGCAAGAGUCAAUAGAACCUCUCAGCAGAACGUUGCAGCAUUUAGGUUUAGGGAACACUCACAUGCAAGACUUUGACUUUUCACACUUCCAGAGUUUAAAGUCUCUGAAUAUUUCAAAGAACUCUCUGGAGCGUCUUCCAUCUUCGCUUUUAAAUCUCAACCUCAGAGUGCUGGACUUGAGGGACAACAGACUGUCGACGAUCCCCUCAGGACAGGCCGGUGUGCUAGCGCUCAGCCUCCAGACCGUCUUCCUGUCAGGAAACCCCUUCAACUGCUGCCAGAUAGAGUGGUUCAGGACGCUCGAAGCAGCAGAGACCGUCACCAUGGUGGACCGAUCGGUCAUUGAGUGUGAGGACCUGUUCCUGAUUACGCACCGGGUGGCGCACCCCCAGUCCGUCCAGUGCAUCGAUGAACGGGGAGAAUCUAUAGUGUGGUACAUCCUGCUUUUUGUCUCAGGAUGUCUCUUCGCCGUCGUCAUUUUAGCGUUUGUUGUCCUCGCAGCCAGGCCCCAAAUGCUCCCAAAAUCCAUCAAAAAGAACUAUUUAAGCAUACGUCUUUCUGACACUUUAUGAAACCCUGAAGAAAAAAACUUUAGAAUGAAAAAUGCGACUGAAUGUUUAUUCACAAUAAAUUCAUCUGAGGCAUGAAACACUGGCCCAGCACACCGAGGAAUCGAACAAAGACGUGUCCCUUUUCUGACAUUGCUGCAUGUUGCUUUUGGUGAAGUGCGUCUUAAAACCUUCAGACCGUGAUGUGAAAAUGUGGCUUGGUUCUUGCGGGAGUUGUGUGUGAGUGUUUGUGGGUGUUUUUGUGUGUGAGUGUGUGCGCGCGGAGAUAUGCAGAAGUCGUGUGAUGCAAGCUGUUGCUAUAAGCAGCAAAGGAAACUUGAAAUUUCCUGUUUUGCUAAGAUGUGCAGCAACUGCCCAGUUCUGUAUCUCACAGAGGAGGGGUUUGAGGCUUCCUUCCCAUCAGCAAGACGAAGAUGCACCACUGACACCAAAUCCCACUUUGGGGACUGACUCCGGCUGAUCGAUCGCCUUGUCGAGUUCGUUGUAAAUUUAUGCCGACUGAUUCAGGCAUGAUUUCACAAGCAUAUUCCUCAAACAAAGAAUUUGUAUGAUACAGAAAAU